AUGUCAAGGAUUAUCUUCCACUUCGCGGCCUGUAUUUUCACAGCCUGUGCUCUACGAACAUCUAAGGAGUCGGCUCAGCUAGAGACCAAUACAUCUUUGGAUAUGGCAUGUGCCAACGUGUAUACAUACGGCGAUACAUGCGAGUUAAGCUACGAUAUGAACUGUGAGGAUUAUCCCACCCGCCUAAGGGACGUGCAUUGGUACUUCCGAGUCGAUAACAGCUCUGGGACUAUCAACACUAAAUCCAUUGAAUGCUCAAAAAGGACUUACCUAAACCGACAUUUCCCUGACAAAUCAAGCGGUGGCAACCCUUUGGCUCAGUACCGUAUCACGGUAGCAAAACGACCGAAUUGCUACGCUGCUGUUCAGCAGAUCCAUGCGGCUAUGAAGGCUCCUACUGUGUUCUCGCGGUUCUAUGCGCAACUCUGUGAUCACUUCCAGGCCCACACCAGCUCCACCCCGGGUUCUUGGUGGAUCUCUUUGGCCGAGAAAGAGGAGGAUGACGAGGAUUACAUGUAA